GUCGACAUGGAGGAGAUAAACAGACGAGCAGCCCUGUUGUCUUCAGUGUUGUGUACAUCUCAGACGGAUGUUUAAAUCGCCGUCGAGCGCAGUUUUCCUCGUCACCUUAGUUAACCCGCUUUUUAAUUUAUUGAAGCUUCAUCUUUAAGGCAACAGCGGAUGGUCGUGUCAACAUGGACAGUGACCUAAGUCCCCAGGAUAAAAAGGACUUGGACAAGUUCAUCAAGUUCUUUGCCUUGAAGACUGUGCAGGUGAUAGUCCAAGCCCGACUCGGUGAGAAAAUCUGCACUCGCUCUUCCUCAUCCCCUACAGGCUCAGACUGGUUUAAUUUGGCCAUCAAAGACAUACCAGAGGUGACUCAUGAAGCCAAGAAAGCGCUGGCGGGACAACUUCCAGGCAUCGGACGCUCCAUGUGUGUUGAGAUCUCCCUGAAGACAUCAGAGGGCGACUCAAUGGAGUUAGAGACUUGGUGCCUGGAGAUGAAUGAAAAGUGCGAUAAAGACAUCAAGGUGUCAUAUACUGUGUACAACCGUCUGUCUGUGCUUCUGAAGUCUCUGCUGGCCAUCACCAGAGUAACACCCGCCUAUAAACUGUCCAGAAAGCAGGGACAUGACUACGUCAUAUUAUACAGGAUUUAUUUUGGAGAAGUCCAGCUGAAUGGAUUAGGGGAAGGUUUUCAGACAGUGCGUAUUGGUGUCGUUGGAACUCCUGUUGGCACAGUCACACUUUCAUGUGCCUACCGCACCAACCUGGCAUUCAUGUCUAACAGGCAGUUUGAGCGAGCUGCUCCGAUCAUGGGCAUCAUCGUGGAUCACUUUGUGGAUCCUCCCUGCGGCAGCCACCGUCCUGCAAAUAUGGGUCACCCCUGCAACUACAGAGCUCCGGAUGACGAGGACGGAGGACAUUAUGCAGGAGUUCAGGAUUCACAGGAGGUCUGCACCACCUCCUUCUCCACCUCCCCUCCCUCUCAGUGUGUGUGCACACUGAGUCCGUCUCCCUCUAAACUGCCCAAGCCCCUCCCUGUGGACAGUCUGCAGCUUCCAUUGGCUUCCGGACUUGUCACUCACACUCUUUAUGCUUCCAGAUUAUCCUACCAUCCUCCAACUCUAGCAGGAGCUGCUGAUCUUUGUCACCCCGCUGCCAAUCCAAACCAGGUAUUGCAUGCUGUGAGGGAGGGCGGGGUUGUAAUGGUUCCUGCCUAUCCUCAUGGAACAGACACCCACCUGACAGCCGAGCAAGCCCCCAACACCCCUGGCAGCAGUGGUGAUGAUGACGAUCUGUUGCACAGCGAUGAAGGAAGGAGUGUUUCCCCCUAUGACCCGGUGGAGUCUCUCAACGCGUUCACGAGGAAAGUCGGAGCGUUUGUCAAUAAACCCGCCACACAGUUAACAGCAGCCAGUCUGGACCUGCCAUUUGCUGCAUUCGCCCCUCGAGGCCUGGACCCAGAGGAGAAUGAUCCCAUGGUGCAGCCCCCAGAUUCCCCUCCCUGCCCGUCCCCCCUGCAGGCCAGCCUUCACUCCCAGGGCUCAGAGGGAUCGGGGCAGCAGGACGAUUUCGUUAUGGUCGACUUUAGACCUGCCUUCUCUAAAGACGACCUGUUGCCGAUGGAUUUGGGCACGUUCUACAGAGAGUUUCAAAAUCCUCCACAACUGGCCAGUCUCUCUCUACACAUCAGCGCGCAGUCGAUGGCCGAUGACCUGGACUCUCUGCCAGAGAAACUGGCCGUCUACGAGAAAAACAUAGACGAGUUUGACGCUUUUGUGGACAUGCUCCAGUAGAGGUAGAGUUGGAGGGGGGAAGAAGCCGACGGAAGAGGACUGCAUUCGAGUACUGAGGAAAUAGCUAAGGAGACAAAUUUAAGGGAGAAGCACACUGGAGGCUCUGUCGUUGUUUGUCCUAAAUCACCAUGUUUUAAUGUGAAGCAUCUCAUUUACUCUCAACUUCCUGUUCAGCACACGCGCAACCUCUUCACUGUAAAUACUGUAUUAUUUCCUCUGAAACUGGCAUCCCCUCCUCUUGCUCUGGUUGUGUAAAUUCAAACUGAAAAUCUUCUGUGUGGCACGAAACUUGGGUUUAGUCACUUUAGACAGCCAUGACAGACAGCUUUUAACUGUAGUUCACUAUAAUCUCUCCCACCCUCAAGGUUUCCUUUACAACAUGGCCUUUCUGAUCAUAUCUGACCUGAAAGAUGAAAUCAAAUCUUGACCGGCUUAAAAAUAUAUUUUCUUCUACAAAAGCUGGUCUUAGAGAAAAAUUCCAUUUUGGCCUCACAGUGGAAGUUAAUGAUGUGUAGUGAAAUGACAGUUUCAAAGUUAACUUGAAAGCCUGACCGAGCCAGGUGUUCCCAGCUGGCCUGGGGAUUUAAACAUUCAAUGUCAGUCCCAGUGCAGAAAGAAAUCAUGACAGCCCUUGUAUGUGUAGAGAAAUCAAUUUGUUGUGGAGCCACGCCUAGUUGCCAGUUAAUAAAGUGCACUAGUCUAAUGCAACAGUCCUGAAAUUAAUCCUUCGUUCAAGAAGAUACAAAAAUUCAGUUUGUGCUGAAAAGGACUCCGUAGGUUGAGCCAUCUCCAAGACAUGAGGUGGAUGAAUAAAAAAUUGCUGAUACCAUUAACUUCGGUCUUUCAGGUAGCUUCCGUCAAGUACGACAGUCUGAAUAGCUUAAAGGGGACAUAUUAUGAAAAUUCCACUUUUGUGCCAGCUCAAGAUCCCACUGUGGGGCUGCGCUGCCAGUCUUCUGCCCACCUGACUCUGGUUCAAAACCAAAUGGUUGCAAGAUUGUAUCUUCGUCUGCAGCAGCCAUAUUUCUACAGAGGUAAUUGAUAGAAAAAUCUGGGUGCUUGUAUCUCGUGGAGGGAGGCGGGGCACUCAAUACAGGUCAAUCUUAGGAGGGUCCUUGUAAACAGGGUAAAAAGAUGCUGUUUUAAAUGAUCCUUGUGGUAUUUUGACCAAAAUGUGUUACAUUUCAUUAAGACCCCAAGGAACCAUAUCAACUGUGGUAAAAUGGUAAUAUGUCCCCUUUAAGAUGAAGUGAAGAAGCAGAGUGAACAUUAACCCUCAAAACUGCACGUUAGGAAUUAGUCUUUCCCAGUCAAUUUAAUGGAGUGAGGAUUUAUUGCAGGACUGUUGCCUUAGUUUUCUUCUAAAGUGUCAGCUCUGAACUUACAGCAGUCUGUACAUCCUGCUAAUGUAUAUUUUGUGAUUUUGUAAAGGGCAGGGGGGGGUAAAAACAGCUGUCUACAGAAGGCACCGGGUCAACAUCCAUGACCGAGUUUGGUUGAGAGCUUUAAUUUAAACAUUUGUGUCCUAAUAAAGCAUGGUUGCUCUGUUGAAACAAAUGAAGAAAGUCA